AUUUACUUCUCGUUAGCUUGGUACUUGUUGAUUACUUCAUGCUGACCAUACAACGUAUCCAUUGUGAAAACAAACUAGCAGCGUAUUAAACUCUUGUUGUUGUUUUUUUGCCUAAUUGAACAAAACAUAGCACAAUGAAUAAAACGCCCAGCAGUAGCACAGCGGCUGAUACGAUCAAUGAAACCGUUGACACUCUCAUCAGCAACAGCUCGCGCCAACUUCUGGAAACAUACCGCGUUUAUGUGGUCACUUGGAAUGUGGGGAGCCGAUUUCCGGACAAUAUAUCAUUGCGCCAGCUGCUGGGAUUGCAUGAUGAUAGUGACGUUAACACCAAAGAGGACCAACUGCCAGACAUCUACGCUUUUGGACUACAAGAGGUAAACGCACAACCGCAGCAUCAAGUACUGGGACUCUUUAAAGAGGAUCCUUGGACGCACAAGGCAAAGGAAUUAUUGCGUUUAUACAAUUAUGUUGUGGCUAAAACGGAACAGAUGCAGGGCCUCCUGUUGACUAUAUUUGUGAGGCGUCCGCAUGUAGCACACUUGCGCGAAGUAGAGGCAGAGUUCACUCGCACUGGGUUCGGUGGCAUUUGGGGUAAUAAGGGCGCAGUGAGUAUCCGCUUUACACUUUACGGAUGCGGACUGGCAUUCGUUGUGGCCCACUUGGCAGCACACGACCACCAACUAGAUGAGCGUAUUGAGGACUACAAACAAAUACUGGAGAACCAUCAUUAUCAUGUUAAGCGCUACCGCGAGAUUUUUGACCACGACUACGUCUUCUGGUUUGGCGAUCUUAACUUUAGAUUAGAAGGCAACGACUCCGCCGCGGAAGUACGCGGUGCUGUGUUCGAUGGCCGGCAACUUGAUGCGCUCAUGAAAAGGGACCAGUUAUAUCUUGUUCGUGAACAGACGCAAAAAGCAUUUCACUUAAUGCAUGAGCGACUGCCCGAAUUUCCACCCACUUUCAAAUUUAAGGAGGGAACAUCCGAAUACGAUUUGAAACGACGACCGGCCUGGACGGACCGCAUCAUGUAUGCAGUGCAGCCGCUGAACCGCCAUCCGGCCAUGCAGCUCGCCAUAGAGCAGUGCUCUUACAAAUCCCAUCCCGCUUACAAUAUUAGCGACCAUAAACCGGUUACUAGUGACUUCACCAUUAAGCUCUACCCCAACUAUCGCGCACCGUGUGUUGUGUUUACCCCUAUCAUCGUCUGGCAGAUUGGCGAUGAGAACACAGUGGAGUACCGGAAACAGCCCGAGUUCGAGGAAUGCGCUAAUGACUGGAUAGGUAUCUAUCCUGAGGACUUUAGUAGUCUCAUGGGCUACGUAGCCUACGAGUACGUCAAUCAAGCGGAGUCGCCCUCAUCUCCAUCGGACAACGACCGGGACUAUUUUGACACACCGGCGCCGCACCGGCGUGGUCGACAUCACCACCGCAAUCGUCAGCGCUUAAGACGCCAACUAACGGCCACCGAGGAAGAGGUGCGCAUCGAUUUUGCUGACGACGUUGAGUUACGACACGGUGAGCAGUAUGUGCUUAUAUACUUCCAGAGCACGGGCCUGCGCGGAGUUUCUAGCGUGGCGGGCAUGAGUAAUGUUUUUGUAGCCGAAAAACGCAAGGGAUCCCCACACCACACGGAAUAUCACGUGGACUAGCUUUAUACAUUUUUUAUAUAUAUGUAAUUUUAUUACAUUGUUAUAUGUAUAUUUUUGCAUUUCGCACCCAGUGUAUUAUAAAUGUACGAUCCAAUAGAUUUCCCUUCACCCCAUCGAAAAGUAAAUUUUUACCUAACCUAA